AUGAAGGAUAUCAGGGAUUUGCUGAUGCCCAAGGGUGCCGAGAGGCAAGUAAAGGAGAUACACCGUUUGCUCAGGCCACCGUCCUCUCCCUCACAUGAGGAUCUUUUUGAAUGCACAAGAGCAAAAUCAAUCUCUAACUUGAGCACGUUUGCAGUGGGAGACAAAUAUGCUCCUAUAUUCAAGUUUAGUCACUUCAACAAAAUGCAAACAAGUGCCUUUCCCAUGCUGUUCCAAGAUCCAGACAAUUGCGUAGUUACAAGCCCGACCGGAUCAGGAAAAACCGCGCUAUUCGAAUUAGCGAUCGUCAGAGCAUUGAAAGAAAAUAGCAAAGCCAAGAUUUUGUAUCUCGCCCCCUUGAAAGCACUAUGCAGUGAGAGGAUCUCAGACUGGUCUCAUAGAUUUGGGAGACUCAACAUAUCAGUAGGAUUGCUCACAGGGGAUUCAAGCUUGGGAGAGAUUCAGAGAGCGAGGACUUGUAAUAUCAUUAUUUCAACUCCAGAAAAAUGGGAAUCGUUUACUCGACAAUACAAGGACAGGGAGAAAUUUCUUUUAUCCUUCGGCUUGCUUUUGCUAGAUGAGAUACACACGAUCAAGGAGGAUAGGGGUGCAAAUCUGGAAGCUGUCGUAACUCGGAUGAAAAGCUUGUAUCGCAAUAUUCGAAUCAUCGCAUUAUCUGCUACCGUCCCCAACAUUGAAGAUAUUUCCAAAUGGCUCAGCAAGCCCGACAAACCUACAGCCACCACCCUAAAAUUCAACGACUCGUAUCGGUCCGUCAAGUUGACCAAGACCGUUCUAGGUUUUAAUAAAAAAUCUACGACAAAUGAGUUCCAGUUUGGUGCGUUUCUCACGUCAAAACUCCUGACCGUCAUCCAAAAUUUUGGGAAUAAAAAGCCUGUUCUUGUCUUCUGUGCGACACGAAAAAGCACCAUAACCACUGCAAAAGCACUGAGCGCAAAACUCGGAUCUUACUUUCCACAAAAGCCUCCUAUCACCGGUCGACUGCAACCGCACCUACUUGAACUGAUCAACAACGGAGUCGCUUAUCAUCAUGGAGGUUUGUCUUCGGAGGAAAGGCAGGUGAUUGAGACUGGAUUUCUUUCCGGAAAAAUCAAUGUCAUCUGCUGUACAUCAACAUUAGCAGCAGGGGUCAACUUGCCAGCAUACUUAGUCGUUAUUAAAGGGACAAAAACUUGGAUCAACGGAAGCCUACAAGAAUAUUCUGACCUGGAGGUUUUACAAAUGAUUGGAAGAGCUGGAAGGCCACAAUUCGAAAACGAAGGGGCAUGUGUCAUCAUGACUCAGUCUGCCGAAAAAGCGAAAUAUGAAAAACUUAUCCAUGGAACAGAGGAAGUGGAAAGCUCUUUACCAUCCAAGUUGAGCGAGAUUCUCCUUAAGGAGGUUGCUUCAGGUCAAAUAAGCGACUCUCAAAGUGCAAUAAAAUGGAUGAAAGCCACUUUUUUUUAUCAGCGGUAUCUUGUUAGUCCAUUCUCAUACACUAAUGUGGUAAAGCAGAUAAUGUACAAGAAACCUAGUCAAUGCUUAGAAUUGUUUUUGCAAAAAGAAAUGAAAGAACUAUGGGAUGGGGGCUUGAUUACUAUAGAACAGGGCAGAUUUGUUUGUUCAUGUUAUGGCAAUACAAUGUUGAGAAAUUGUCUAUCACUGGACACUAUGAAAUACCUACUGACGUUGAAAAAUAUUAGACAGGACAAAUGUUUGGACGUCUUGAGUCGCGCCCCUGAAUUUGGGAAUGUUGAAUAUCGAUCCUCGGAGAAAGCCCUUUUUCGCAAGAUCAAUCAGAGUCAACUGAUUAGAAACAAGGUUGAAGGCGAACUUGAGGAUGCUUGGCAGAAAGUGCACCUGUUUGUACAAUUUGAGCUUGGUGGUCUCGACUAUCCAUCUCAUCCCAGCUUUAAAAAUCUUUUGUUUAAUUUCAACUAUGACAAAGCAAACGUCUUGAGGAGAAUGUCGAAUGUCAUAAAUGCUGGGAUCACAAUUUUCGAAGACAAAGCAGACACAACUAGCCUUAAAUCCAUGUUGUAUUUAGGAAGGUGUUUGAGUGCGAAAGCUUGGGAGAAUACAGCAUUAGAACUGACACAGAUAGACGGGUUUGAUAAAGCUGGAGCAAAGAAGUUUGAAGCCAGCAACAUUUGUUCUAUCAAAGAAGCGGUAAAGCUCUCCAAAGAGAGCUUUGAACAGCUUGGCAUCAAUCAUAGUGGCAAGAUAUACGGUCAGUUGAGGUUAUUUCCUCAAAUUCACCUAAAAGGUGAAUUCAUCAGAAAUGCCCCAGCCAGUAGUCUUUUGAACAUUUCAAUAAUUAUCACUCCACCAGCAAUACACAUUUCAAACCACCACCACUCCCAGGUUGCAAUUCUGAUUAAUGAUAAAAGUACAAACGAGCUCAUCAAAUUCAUGAAAAUUCCUCUCCAUCAAAUAAACGACCACAUGGAGAUUAACUUGGAGAUGAAUGCUCAAAUGAGUGAAAGAAUUGUCAUUCAGGCAAAUUUCAUCGAUAAAGUGGGAUCGGGGACAGAGAUAUCUUUAUGCUGUUUGGAAUCAAUCGAAGACAGCGAUUUCUCGGAUGACGAAUACGUGAAAUUGAUGCUAGAUGAAAGAGCGAAGCGAAAAUGCGAAGAGCAGACUCAAACAGAGGCUAAAAGAAGGCAUGAAACUUCUUUGGGGAUGAUUGAGGAAGAAAUGUUCACUGAUAUAGAACCGGAGAACUCCUCUAAGUCAAGUAUCACACGUGAGCUAUCUAGUGAAAAUAUCUUCCGGCGAUAA